AUCAAUAUAAAAAAAAAAACCACAAAUGAAGCCUAAAUCUAAAAACCCACCGCAUACUCACUGUAAAAUCUAAACCCACGACAUCCUCUAUUUGCCUCUAGAAAUUUAAUCAAAAAUUAUUCCCCUUUUUUGGCUUAACCUCAUCAUCGAUUGCUAUCAAAACCUAAUUAAUUCAAUUUUCCUGUAGUCCAAAUCUCUUCAUCUGCGACAAUAUUGAUUUUUGGUCAAUAAAUUCCGACUGAAUCUUCUACGUAUAGAUUUUGUGUUCUUCAAGCAGUUUUAAAGGGGCCGUACAAAGAGUUGAAGAUAACAGAGCUACUUUCAAUUCAAAUUGCAAUAAGAGUCAUAGAUAGAGGCUACAUUACUGAUAGAAAUUGGAUACACAAUCCCAAUAGAACUAGUGCUGAAUAUUUGUUAGGGAUUAAGGAAUUCGUUAGAGUUGCAAGCAACAAUAUCGAUCAUCGAGGUCAUUCUGAGUGCCUAUGCCAAAAGUGUAAUAAUUGCUCUUGGAGGCCAGUGAGUGAAAUUCGACAACACUUGGUCAUGUAUGGGAUGUCAUACAAUUACACUAAAUGGAAUCAUCAUGAUGAACGAUCGGGGGUCGUGUUAGGUUCUUAUACCACUAACUUGUUUUGCAACUCUAGUUUGAUUGAUGGCAUUGAUUGUGAUAAUGAUCAAGUAAUGGAUAUAAUUAAUUAUAUGUAUCCACAUGCCUCGUACCAUCAUAAGCAAAAUUAUUAGAAACAGAUGAAGUAUUACUUGAUGAUGAUACAUUGGGAAAUAAUCAGACAUCUAAAAUGUGUAGACAAGAGAUAGAUAACUAUGAAAGGUUGUUGAAAGAAGCACAAAAGGAACUUUACCCUGGUUGUAAAGAUUUUUCUAUGCUAACAUUGAUUGUAGAGUUGAUGCAAUUGAAAGUGAGGAAUUUGAUAACCAACAAAUGCUUUGACGAGCUUAUGGGUAUCUUGAAAAGGAUGCUUCCAAAAGAAAAUCAACUGCUUCCUACUCAUCAGGUUAUGAGGCAUCCGGCAAACACAAUUGUAUGGAAGAAAUUUGACAAGAUUUAUCCCAGUUUUGUAGCUGAGUCACGAAAUGUAAGGUUGGGCCUUGCAACAGAUGGUUUUAACCCAUUUGGGGAUAUGAACAAACCUUAUAGCAUGUGGCUAGUUGUGGUUGUUCCUAAUAAUUUGCCUCCUUGGAUGUGCAUGAAAAAGGAAUUCACCAUGCUAACCUUAUUAAUUCCUGGCAAGCACGAACCUGGUAAGGAUAUUGACGUUUAUUUGUGCCUGCUAAUUGAUGACCUAAAAGAAUUAUGGAAAAUUGGUAUGCAUACAUAUGAUAAAGCCAUUGAUUCCACUUUUAACUUACGUGCUGCUGUGUUGUGGACUAUUAACGAUUUACCUGCUUACAAAAAUUUAUCAGGGUAGAGUACUAAGGGUUAUAAUGCAUGCCCUAUCUGUAAUGAUGAUGGAACAUCUGAAUGGUUCAGUGAUAAGGUUUGCUAUAUGGGGUAUUAGCGAUGGCUGUCCUGGUAUAUUGUGUGGUGCAAUAUGAAGGAAUCCUUUGAUGGGAAAACUGAAUUUCGUGUGAGACCUAGACAAUUAUUGGGUAAUGAAAUUUUGUCUCAAGUACAGAACCUAAACUUUUGUUAGAUUGGUUAGCAUCCUGAUAACCCAAAUAAAAAAAGGAAGAUGACACUUGAGGAAUGGAAUUGGACUAAGAAUAGUAUUUUCUUUGAGCUAGAAUAUUGGCCAAAGUUAAAAAUUAGGCAUAAUCUAGAUGUAAAACACAUUGAGAAGAAUAUUUGUGACACUAUUAUUGGGACAAUAUUGGGUAAAGAGGGAAAAUCGAAAGAUACAGUGAAGGCUCACCAAGAUUUAGAAGCACUAGGAAUAAAAAAAUCUUUGUGGUUAGAUUGGAAUGGAGAUAAAUGAGUUAAAGGAUAUCCAUUUCCAUUUUUCACAAUGAAACCAAAUUUAAAGAGAGAAUUCCUUCAAUUUUUGAAAUCUGUAAAAUAUCUAGAUGGCUAUGCCGCAAUAUCUCAAGGAAUGUGGUAGUCGAAUCUGGAAAAAUUUCUGGAUUGAAGAGCCAUGAUCAUCAUGCCCUGUUGGUAUUUGAAUAUAUUUACCAAAAGAAGUGGUUGAACCAAUUAUUUAGUUGUCCAAUUUCUUUCAACAAUUAUGUGUGAAGAUAUUACUCAUGGAGGACAUUAAGAGGUUGGAAGAUGAUAUUGUGUAUAUAUUGUGCAAGUUUGAGCAAAUUUUUUCACUGGCUUUCUUUGUUUCCAUGAUUUAUUUAUUGGUACAUUUAU